ACCUUCCAGGUGUACAUUAGCUGUUUCUGGUUUUCCCACCCCCCUUCAUAUUUAGCACGCUUCACUUACUUCUUCAAUUGCAUGUUUUUCAUAGAAAAUAUUUGCACAAUUAAUACUUUAGAUAAGAUUCACCUGACAAAGAGAAAUCGGAGAAUAGUCCUUUAACGAUUCUUCCUGAAAGAACAAAAAUUAAAUUCAUUGAGGAACAAUAUCAGAAAGAGGAUAAAAGAUAGAUUUGGCUAUUAAAGAAUUGAAUAAAUAAUAAUCAUGAAAACGCUAAUGAAAAUGAAGACAAUGGCAACGACCUUCUUGGUCCUCGGCCUCUUGGCUUGCAUCCUCAACAUCACUUCAGCUGAUAAUUCGUCAGUUUCUACAACUAAUGAAGCUACCCAACCUGGCGGUACUUCUAGUAAUUCUACUUCAUCAAAAGCUCCAUCAACAAAUGAUUUGGCAAAAGCAGCCGAUCCCGCUUUCGAGGCGUCAGAGCUGGAGACACCAUUUAGAUGGUUGGCGGAUGCAUUGUACUACAUCGGAUAUUAUGCGAUCUAUGAACCUAUAUCUCUCGUUGCUGAUGCUGCAAUAGCACCUAUUACUCUACCAAUAGACGCUGUCAGUAUACCAAUUAAUUUCUUGUUCGGUGACUAUCUGGAGCCCGUUUAUAGCUUUAUUGGCAAUCAAUACCAAAUGAUAAAGAAUAUCAUCUGGUGGAUAGUCUUGGAAUCCAUCAGCUAUGGAUCAGGAGCUACAGCUGAUACCAUUUCCGAAGCUAUGCGGAUCGCUUUAGACGGAAUUUUACAAUUCUUUACGGACAUUGGACUGCCUUUAGCCAACUCUGCUGAAAAGCUUUCUCAACUUACGGACCAAAUAGCCACGACGAGAAGGAAGAGGUCCGUUAUGAGUGCUUUCGGUGGCCUGGGAGAUGGAUUAGUACAACUCAUCCAGUUUCCUUUUAUGCUCAUGGGGGGCAUUUUUUCCAUCAUCACAUAUCCACUCAGGAUGAUUUACGGAUUGGUAACGUUUCCCUUUUAUCUUUUAUUUGGAUCAAGUGAUGAAGGAAACUCGCCUCUCACCUUACUGUUGACAGAUAUGAGCACCCAAGAAAUCACGAACGAGGUGAUCGAGGCAGCCUGGGAAUUUAUGAAAGAGACUGGUUUUUCCAAAUUACACACUAUCGCUCAGGAAAUUAUGGACAGCAAUAUGUUACCCAAAAAAAUUAAGAAUCUAAUUUCGGAAGUGGACUCUGUGUAUUCUGUGGCGAAGAUGGUCGGAUAUAUACAAUAAAUCUUCUAAAGUGCUGAGAAUAUUUCGUUAAUAGAAAUACCAUUUAUGUAUAUGUUGCCGAAGCUUAAUAAAAAAUAGUUGUAUUAA